UUUUUCUGCCAAAUUUGUUGUCUAACAUGAUGUUUUGGUGCUUCAUUUGUAAAAUCAUAACCUAAUUUGAUGUUUAAUAUGCUUUUCCUUAAUGCCUCCUUAUUAUCCAACAUAUUCGCUUAUCCAACAUUCUGCCGGCCCGUUUAUGUUGGAUAAGUGAGACUCCACUGUAAUAAAAAUAGAGUAAAAUAAAUGUAAUAGUAACAAUAUUAAUAGAGUAAAAUAAUAAAUGUAAUAAUACUAAUAAAUACAGUAAAAUAAUAAAUGUAAAAAUAAAUAGAUUAGAAUAAUAAAUAUAACAAUAAUUGUAUCGGAGUGAAAUAAUAAAUGUAUUAUUAAUAAUAAAAAUAGAGUAAAAUAAAUGUAAUAGUAACAAUAUUAAUAGAGUAAAAUAAUAAAUGUAAUAAUACCAAUAAUAAUAGAGAAACAUAAUAAAUGUACUAUAUAUACUUCAGUAUAAGCUGACUCGAAUAUAAGCCAACCAGGACCAUCACCCGAAUAUAAGCCAAGGGGGGCUUUUUCAGUCCUAAAAAAGGGCUGAAAAACUCAGCUUAUACUUGAGUAUAUAUGGUAUAUUGGUUUGCAGUUUUCUUUAACUCAUGCUAUGGGAGGGGCUGCAGACCAUGUGAUCAGAUCUGGGCUUGUUCAGGACUCAGACUCCAUUUGAGAAACAGUUCAGUUUAGACUUCAGUAAGAACUGUAUUCUUCAGACUUCAGUGCAGGAACAGUAAGCUGUAUAGAAAGCAUUAGACUACAUUGGACUAUGGACUGUUGUUACCUACACACAGAAACUACUUCAAAUCUUAUCUGUAACUGGACUGAUCAGCAAAGUACCUGUAUGCUGAAUACAUGAAGUUUAUCCCAUUGGCCUCAACCACCCAAGGAGGAUGCUGCUAUCACGCUGGGGAUGGUGGCUGUCCUCUUGCUCUCUUGCCAAGGUCUUGGUCGCUUCGGUCCUCCUCACAGAGAAUGCCUCCUGGGCUGAAUCCUUCAAACCUGAGCUGGAGGCCAACAGCAGCAACUCCUGUGAAGGGGUCACCAAAUGCCUACCAGGAGUGAUCCUCCCUGUUUGGCAACCAGACAACCCUUCCUUCGGAGACAAGGCCGCCAGGGCAAUUGUCUACUUCGUGGCCAUGAUGUACAUGUUCCUGGGGGUCUCCAUCAUUGCUGAUCGUUUCAUGGCCUCCAUUGAGGUGAUCACCUCCAAGGAGAAGGAGAUCACCAUCACCAAAUCCAACGGCGAGACUAGCAUUGGCACGGUGCGGAUCUGGAACGAGACGGUCUCCAACCUCACUCUCAUGGCCUUGGGCUCAUCCGCUCCUGAGAUCCUUCUCUCCGUCAUAGAAGUUUGUGGCCAUAACUUCCAAGCUGGUGAGUUGGGUCCCGGAACCAUUGUGGGCAGUGCCGCCUUCAACAUGUUUGUGGUCAUUGCCGUGUGUGUCUACGUCAUCCCGAACGGGGAAGUCCGCAAGAUCAAGCACCUGAGAGUCUUCUUUGUCACUGCUUCCUGGAGCAUCUUUGCCUACAUUUGGUUGUACCUGAUCUUGGCCGUCUUCUCUCCUGGGAUCGUGCAGGUCUGGGAAGCCUUACUUACCCUUGUCUUCUUCCCAGUCUGUGUCGUAUUUGCCUGGAUGGCUGACAAGCGUCUGCUCUUCUACAAGUACGUCUACAAGAGGUACAGGGCCGACCCACGCAGUGGCAUCAUAAUCGGGACAGAAGGUGCGUUUCCCAAGGGGAUAGAGAUGGACGGGGGCUUUGUGGCCAACGAUCACCGGGAGAGCAUUUUUAUUGAUGGGAGCGCAGCUUCCGUUGCCCCACUCCCGGUCACCACCCAAGAGGAGAAAGAGUUGGACGAGAGCCGCAAAGAGGUCAUCCAGAUCCUCAAAGACCUGAAACAGAAGCACCCAGACAAAGAACUGGAACAGCUAGUAGAGAUGGCCAACUACUACGCCCUCUUGCACCAGCAGAAAAGCCGAGCUUUCUACCGCAUCCAGGCAACCCGCAUGAUGACCGGGGCCGGAAACAUCCUCAAGAAGCAUGUUUCCGAAUUCUCUAAGAAGUCCGCCAACCUGCUAGAAGUGCCCUCAGAGGCAGAAGUGGAAGAGAACUACAGCAAAAUCUUCUUUGAGCCAUUCAUGUACCACUGCUUGGAGAAUUGUGGCUCAGUUACUUUAACCGUGGCCUGUGAGCAGGCUGAGGAUACCUACAACACCUUCUAUGUGGACUACAAGACAGAGGAUGGUUCCGCCAAAGCGGGUUCAGAUUACGAGUACAGCGAGGGCACGUUGAUCUUCAAACCUGGUGAGACCCAAAAGGAACUGAAGAUCGGCAUCAUCGAUGAUGAUAUCUUUGAGGAAGAUGAGCAUUUCUUUGUCCGGCUGCUCAACUUGCGGGUGGGCGAUGCCGAGGGUAUGUUUGAGUCGGACUCCGCCGACCACCCCAAGGGCCGGCUUGUGGCCCCUUUGGUGGCCACCGUAACCAUUUUGGACGAUGACCACGCCGGCAUCUUUACCUUCCAGGAUAAACUGUUGAGGGUCAGCGAGUGCCAGGGGACCAUGGAGGUCAAGGUGAUCCGGAGUUCAGGAGCUCGGGGGACUGUGAUGGUUCCUUACCAGACGGUGGAAGGGACUGCGCGAGGAGGAGGCGUGGACUACGAAGACUCCUGCGGGGAGCUGGAAUUCAAGGAUGACGAAACAGUGAAAUCCCUCUAUGUGAAAAUUAUAGAUGUUGAAGAAUACGAGAAGAAGGACAGCUUCUUCAUAGAGCUGGGGCAGCCGCGAUGGUUGAAACGGGGCAUCUCAGCCCUUUUGCUCAAUCAAGUAGAUGCAGACAAAAAGCUCUCUGCUGAAGAAGAGGAGGCCCGGCGGAUUGCUGAGAUGGGAAAGCCCAUCCUUGGGGAAAACGCCCGCCUGGAAGUCAUCAUUGAGGAAUCCUAUGAUUUCAAGAACACAGUGGACAAGCUGAUAAAGAAGACGAACCUGGCGUUGGUGAUCGGCACACACUCCUGGAGGGAGCAGUUCCUUGAGGCCAUCACCGUCAGUGCAGGCGAUGAGGAGGAUGAGGAAGACGGGCGCGAGGAACGGCUGCCCUCCUGCUUUGACUACGUCAUGCACUUCCUGACCGUCUUCUGGAAAGUUCUGUUUGCCUGCGUGCCGCCCACCGAAUACUGGAACGGCUGGGCCUGCUUCAGCGUCAGCAUCCUGGUCAUUGGGCUUCUGACCGCCCUCAUCGGAGACCUGGCCUCCCACUUUGGCUGCACCGUCGGCCUCAAGGACACCGUCAACGCCGUUGUCUUUGUGGCCCUGGGCACAUCUAUUCCGGACACCUUUGCCAGCAAAGUGGCUGCCCUCCAGGACCAGUGUGCCGAUGCGUCCAUCGGCAACGUGACGGGCAGCAACGCGGUCAACGUCUUCCUGGGCAUCGGCGUGGCCUGGUCCGUGGCUGCUAUUUACUGGGCCUUCCAAGGCAAAAACUUUGAGGUGCAGACGGGCAGUUUGGCCUUCUCCGUCACCCUCUUCACCAUCUUCGCCUUUGUUUGCAUCAGCGUCCUCAUGUACCGCCGCCGGCCGCACAUAGGGGGGGAGCUGGGGGGCCCCCGAACCGCCAAAAUCCUCACCGCCUGCCUCUUCAUGGGCCUUUGGUUCCUCUACAUCCUCUUUGCCAGCCUUGAAGCCUACUGCCACAUUAAGGGCUUCUGAGGGGACCACCCAUCCACGGUGUGAACCAGGACAUGAGAGAAAAAAAACUCUGGAUGCGGGAAGGCAUCUUCGCCAAAGGAUCGCACCUUCCCACCCCAGCUUCCCGAGCAUCCUUUCUUUCCGUUUGAAACUUCCAUAUCUGUGAGACGAAAAUUGCCUUCGCUCUGCACCUAUAAGCCUCCUCUUGCUCCCCGGGAAAAGAGGACGACUGCACAAUGGGCAGAAAGACUCCAUUGAGAAAGCCAUGGCCCCGAGUUUGCCUCGCAAGACCUAAGCAAGGCUGUCUGUGACCGGGGAGUCUCAGAGGUCUCUCUUUCAUCAGGUCGCUCCAAGUCACAUCUGAUUUGAUGCAUCUAACAACAACAGUCCUCCUGCACCACAUUGUUAUUGGCAUCUCCUCCAUUGUUCCAACAUUCUCCCUUCUGAUCUGACUGUCGCGAGGGCCUGCUCCUUCCCGGGACCUCUCCCGCACACCGGACCAAAUGUGCAAGCCAAGACAGAUGGGCCAGGGUGAUAUUUCAAGCCCUGGUUGUUGCCCAUCCUGACCAAAGGACCCUCUAACGUGUCUGCUAAGGCACCUUUAAUGGUUCUACCUUUUGACGACACCUAGAACCACAGAAAAGAGGGACACCGAGGUUCUUUUUCAAAUGUUUACUUAGAAUCACCUCGUCCUUCUCUUAUUGAGACCGGAGAGGUAUAUGCGGGGUGGGAGGUGGACUUCCCAUAGCAGUGCCGUGAUGGAGUUUUGCCAUUUUCUUCUCUUUCUCUAUCUCUCUCUUUUACAAUUUGACAUUUUCAAUUGUCUUCUUGUGGUUUUAAGAAAACAACAACAGCCGGUGAACUGAGUUGGGGUCACAUUAAAGUCAGGGAGACCAUUGACUGGCUCCAUCUUGCUCAAAGUCAAGGCAACAAAAAAGGAAAGGACUUUGACCUCAACACAGCCCCCAGCCCCAAUUCUGGGAUUUCUGAAGGCGGGCCGGUGGACAGAUGAAUGGACAAGGCAAAAUGCUUCUUGGGUUUGUUUGUUUGUUUGUUUUGGUGAGGUUAUGCACAUGAGCAGUGACUUCGGGUGGAACAACCAUUUUAACGCUUUUACCCCCUGCUUUGCUCUCCUUGACAAGAAAGGAGUUACAUUAAUUGUCUCCCAUUUUAAUUUCCCCCGGCAUUUCGUGUGGUGGCCUUUCUGCUUCUUCCAUAGGAUGUCUUUGUCUCUCCCUUCCUGUCCCUCGUAAGAACUAUAUCCUCUUUAGGAAGAAAACUUGGGGAUAUUUUCCCUGUAAAUUGGUUUCUCUCUUACUCUUGGAAAAGUGGGGCCUUUUGGUCUAACACUGGCCAUCCUGGUUUGGAAAAUUUGAGGUGAAGAGUCCAAAAAUGUAAUCUUUCUGAGCUCUUUUGUAUGAGUAUCACACAUGGAAUGAGUAGGUAAUUUGGGAAACUUCUAUUUCAUGGGAUUGGUGACAUCAGUACGGAAAGUUCCAUAUGAUCCAUCUAAGUCAAUCUGAUUUUUUUUCCUUUGAGUGCUCAGAAAGGAAAAAUGAAGCCAAAUAUAGGAACUGAACCGGCUAGUUUGCUGCAAGCAAUCUUCCUUGAGUGUUAAAAUGUGAUGGAUGUUCUCUUAUACCUACAUAACAUGAGACUUGGACAAUAGUCGAGGAUAUUGACUCAAGACCACAUGGUUUAUCUGAUUUCUCUCCAUCAUUUUCUCUCCCCAGGCAGCUGAAUUUUUUCUCUCUGGAGCAAAUGUUUUGUCUAGACUUGUGUUAAGGUCAGCUACUGGGUGUUUUGAUUCCCUGUUCUACAAGUGAACAAGCUUCUGUGCUUGCUGUGUGAAUGAAAAGAUUGGAUGUCAACCUUCACCCAGAAUCACUUGUAGAUAGAUACAGGUAAAGGAAAUAGAGCCAAGAGCAGUCAAUAGAUAUAAGAAGUGCAGCAACCAUAUGUCACGAAGGGUCAGGAGAAGGCAAAGCGGUUAGACCAAGUGUCUUCUGGGAAAGUGAAGGAGCAACAAUGGAAUCCAUCAUUUGUAAAGGAAGGGUGAUUAUGGUUGGUACCUUUUUUACUUGAAAUUGUAGGCAUAUUCAGAUAAAGAUUGUAGCUUGGAGGAGUUGUGCUGCUGCUUGAAGGUUGUCUAAUAUGCAAGGCCCUUCUUUAUACACAAUUUCAGCAGUCCAACUUGUCUUUCUAUGGAUGGUGAACAAAAGGAGCGUAUGCUCAUAUAUUUAAUAAACAGAAUGACACUUUUCAGAAUUAUGUCACAAAUUGAGGUCCCCAACCAGAGAACAAUCUGUUAGGGAGACCAUGUUAUCAAAAGAUAUUAUGGAUACAGAGCCAUUGCUUAUACACACACACACACACACACACACACACACACAUAUACGAGGGUGGGUCAACAAGUUUUGCCUCCUGUGUCAUAAAAAUGUUAUGAAUGUACAUAUAACAGUGGAUGUUGCUACAGAUCAUAGCCUGAACUAUCCUCUACACAAAACUAUUGUUCAACAUAGUUGUUGGGAAAUCAUCCUGGACUACUCAAGUCUAAAUGUAGUUAGAUAGAUGAUAGCGAUAGAUUGAGGGAAUCCUUUCCCUGUUUUUUCCAAAGCAUGCCUAGACAGGCUUUACUGUGUUUCACUCUAUCUUGUUUACGUCACAUCCUUUUUGCUUUGAAGUUAGUAGAAAUGUGAAUCUUUAGGGACACUAACUUCCCAUUGGUCAGAAUGUCUUUUAUGGCCCUAAUAAACUGGACCAUGAGGUUGGAACCAUUUUGGUUCUCUCUUCUCCCUUUGUUCUUCUAGCUAACAAGCAGCAUCUUGCUGUCUCUCCUGGCAAGAUGUAACUAUUUAGAUGUUUGUUAUUUUUCCUUUCUUAUUUUUCCUUAGAAACCAAUCUAGAGUAGACUAGACAGCUCCCAAGCCUUUCUAUCUACAAUGGAGUUCUUUUUACCUGAAUAAAUACUUUUUGAACUUUUACUGAGACUCUGCAAUCGAUUGCCAUCCUAAGCUGAAAGGCUUCUCUUUGCUCACCCUGUGUAAGUAACUGUUGAAUUUGAAAGCUUUUGCUUUUGCUAUUCUGCUGCAUUUUGGUGGAAUCUCCCCCAGAGAGGGUUAAAUUGAGUCUAACCGCUCAGAGAUUACCACAAUAGUUUUAACGUCAUUCAAUUAAUUGAAUCUGAAUCCAUGUAGGUUGUCUUUCAGAGGUCCAAACAGGUUAAAGUCAGAAGAGGCCAAAUCAGGGCUGUAGGGUGGCUGAGGCACUACUGACCAGCCGAUUAUCAUCAGUCAAGUGCUUGGGAACCCACUUAGCCCACACGUUGUGAUAUCCCAAGUCAGCAAUGAUUCCUUGGGCAGAGCCAUAUGAGACGUUCAAUGCAUCAGCAAUGUUCUGUCUCCUUGAAUCAAUUCAUCACCACGUUCUCGAUUUGCGUCUGUGACUGAUGUUGUCGGCUGGCUGCUUCUCAGUUGAUCUGCAAUUUCCGUUUCUCUGUUUUCAAAUUUCUUCACCCAAUGCUGCACGGUGCUGAUGUCCGUUGCAGCAUCCCCAUAAGCAUUCUUCAAGCGAUUAUGGAUUUCCUUAGGUGCACAACCUUCUUUUGCCAGAAAUUCAAUGAUGACUCUUUCUAUUAGGUUCAGAUUCAUCGUUCUAAUCAGUCAAUCUGAAAAAAGAAAAGACUAUAUCAGUAGAGUAAGGUUACCUCUAUCAUAUCAUGCAUAGAUAGUCCAGUAGCUGUGAAAGUAAUAAAAGUUGCAACGAAGGAGGCAUUACUUUUUGAGCCACCCAUAUAUGUAUAUAUAUUCCUGAUAUAUAUGUAUAUGUAUGUAUGUAUAUGUGUGUGUGUGUGUAUAAACACAAAUCAUAUAUAUAUAUAUAUAUAUAUAUAUAUAUAUAUAUAUAUAUAUAUAAAGGGUAAUGAAAUUUCGGCCUAGGACAAAACAACAAAACUACACAUCCCAGAAACACUAAACUUGGCAGCACAACCCCUCAUCCAUGCCUCUAUGUUCAUACAACAAAAAGAAAAGAAAAAUAAAGUCCUAAUUAGAAGGAGAGGAAUAAUUGUUUUUAGCCAAUUGCUGCCAGUUAGAAGGCUAAGCUCCGCCCACUUGGUCUCCUAGCAACCCACUCAGCCCAGGGAACAGGCAGAGUUAGGCCUCUCUUAGGCCUCUUCCACACUACCUAUAAAAUACAGAUUAUCAGAUUUGGACUGGAUUAUAUGGCAGUGCAGACUCAAGGCCCUUCCACACAGCUAUAUAACCCAUUUAUAAUCUUAUAUUAUCUGCUUUGCACUGGAUUAUCUUGACUCCACACUGCCAUAUAAUCCACUUCAGUGUGCCUUUUAUACAGCUGUGUAGAAGGGACCUCAUAUAAUCCAGUUCUAAGCAGAUAAUAUAAGAUACUUUAUUUUCCCAUACCACCAUACUUCGCCACAGCAACGCGUGGCUGGGCACAGCUUAUAUAUAUAUAUAUAUAUAUAUAUAUAUAUAUAUAUAUAUAUAUGCACCAAGAAGGCUCUUUUGAUGAAAGCAUUUAUCACAAUGGAGAACUACGGCAUAACUCUGGAGCAGUGGUAGUUCCAUAACAGAACUACAAUUUUUCAAAGUCGCAUCUGUUGUGGGGAAAAGCAAUGGAAGACCAGGUCUUUUGCACAAAUACAAGUCUUACCAUAUGCCAUUUCUCUGUCUGGUUUCAAUUCAAACCUUUGGGUAUUUGGAAAGGUGUUUUCUACAGCCCUGAAUGCAAUGUAUCAUAAUAAUGUCCUAGCCUGGUUAACUUACUGGAAAGUCCAUACACAAGGAGGCCAAUUGGCUAUCUGUUGGGGUUCGCUGUUCUUCUGAGCCAUAAUAAUCUUUCAUGUGUGCAUCAAUGGCCUGUUUAUGAGAUGGGAUUCUGAAUAGCAGAAACCAAAUUAUGUUCCUACAAGGCACAUUUGGAGAACUUCUCAGAGCAGAGAGCAUUGGCUUGGCAUUUUAAAGCAUGUGGAAUUUGAACAAUAGAGACAUCAAAGGAGGGAGAAAGAAGGGGCCUGUCUGAAGAAGAACUUCAAAUGACCACAGUCCUCCUUCCAAACAACAGCACCAAGUGUUAAAGGCCAGCCUUGUUCACUGAUGGUUUGUUCUCCCCAGUUAUAAAACUGAAUGCCAUAAGAAGCAAGCAAAUGGGUCGUGGAGAGUCAGUAUCCUUCCCUGUUGAUUGAGUUGAUUCUGGUGAAGUAAUGAUGUACAAUGGAGGAGAAUGGUUGUUUAAGGUGUCAGAAUACUCAAAAGGCGCUUGUCUAUAUUGUCUUUAAGGAGAACAAAGCUUAACUCAUUGCCUUGGUUGCUAUUAUUUGCAACCUAUCACAGCUGGUGGGGGUAAAGUGGGGCUGGCAAGCUGCAUACAGUCCCCAGGGCCAUUUUUGUAAACCAUAGGAGCCCCAGAGAUCAACAAAAUUGUAUUCUCUUUUAUUUUAUUUGGGGGUAGAUCAAUAGGUACUGCUCCAGCGGGAAGGUAACGACGAUCCAUGCAGUCAUGCUGGCCACAUGAGGUGUCUCCAGGCAAUGCCAACUGUUCGGAUUAGAAAUGGAGAUGAGCACCAACCCCAGAGUUGGACAUGUCUAGACUUAAUGUCAAGGGAAAACCUUCACCUUUACUUAAGGGGCCUCAGAUUAUCAUAUGAUGCGAAUCAAAUGCACACCCUAAUUUUGGCAAGGGAAUUUAGCCCAAGAUAGCGAGAAUAAUAAUAAUAAUAAUAAUAAUAAUAAUAAUAAUAAUAAUAAUAAUAAUAAUAAUAAUAAUUUAAUUCUUAUACCCCGCCCCAUCUCCCCGAAAGGACUCGGGGCGGCUUACAUGGGGCCAAGCCUGAAUAGAACAAUAAAAACGAGCAUUAAACUUGAGUAAAUAGGUAUAUUAGAAUCCAGAGUGAAAUUGGCACUUCAUUGGCAUUCACGCUAUCAGUUCGCCACUUCAUUGACAUUCAAGCUAUGGGUGGGAAAAACUGGAAGGAGGAGCCAUGAGGCAAGUGGGUCUAAUGGUCAGAACUGUCAUUGGAGCAUUUUUCGAUACUUUUCUAAUUGUUUUCCUUGGGAAAACUCUUAAAUGGAUGAAACUCUAAAAUCAGGACAGCAAAUAAAGAGCAACACUCAGAAAAUGGAGAUUCCAGACAGGAAACAAUCAGGGCCAGCUAACACUUCCCAACAAAGGAUUCCCUAGGCAAAAAGCAGUCAGGCUUUGAAGCAAGGCUCUUCAAUGCUAAUCAAGGUGGCCAGUUGCAACAUUCACACUUGCCUCAAACAGGCAAGAGUUCUUUCUCCCACCUUGGACAUUCCACAGAUAUAUAAACUCCACUUGCCUAGUUUCCAACAGACUUCACAACCUCUGAGGAUGCCUGCCAUAGAUGUGGGUGAAAUGUCCGGAGAGAAUGCUUCUGGAACAUGGCCAUACAGCCCAGAAAACUCACAGCACCCCAGUGAUUCCGGCCAUGAAAGCCUUCGACAACACUCCAGUCCUUUUGGCUCACUGUCCUCGACCAGAAGCAGAUGCCCGACUUCUAAGUAAGAUGAAAACUCUUUGCAUCCCUUUCCAAACAUAGAGGCACAUUUGCCUCAAAGGCACAAAGGCAGAAGAUGCAAUGGUUUGGAGUCCUUUUUAAAAACGAAUCUCUUCUCCCUCCUACUUAUCGCCAUUUGACUUAUUUAAGAAACACUCAAAUGUGGGAACAAUUUUCUAAUGCAUCCCGGGGCUGGAGAAAUGUGAAACCAGUUGUAGGGUGGGUUUGGGGUGGAAUUAAAUGUGGUGUUUUUAAUAUCUGGGUUUCUUAACAUUUCUUCCUCUUUGGCAUAGGAGGGAAGAUAACUUUCAGACUCAAAAAGACUUUGUAGCUUCUUCCUGCUUGGCAAUGCAGGGGCACAAUGGAGCCAAAAAAAUAAGAAAAACUUUACCCAGCAAACGUCUCUUCCUUUCUUUUCUUUGUCUCUUUCUAACUUUUGCAUUAAAAAAAAAAUCAUGUUUUUUUUAUCUUUUUCUAGAUUUUGCCCUCUUCUCCCUUUGGCCAAAAACACACACAUUGACAAAUGGUCUUGUUUUACAAAGUUUGCAUGACGCCCUUUGGGUGAGAACAAACAAUUAUGAAUACAUUUGGUUCUGAAGUGGGAAGUAAACCCUUAAAUCUCACAGAGUGUGGUUAUUUCCAAGACCAAUGUCACUGUGACUUUGUAGAUCGGCACUUGUUCAGAUAGCACCGCUUGCACAAGACCUUGGCAAAUGGAAGAUUCAUGUAUGCUAAAUAAUGCACAUUUCAAGUAGCUGAACUGCCUAAAAUAUAGCUCAAGGCAUGAAGGAAAUCCAAUGUAAAAAAAGGUCAAGUGGGGGGGUGAGGAAAGGAAAGGACUGCAACACAAUCGGGAGGUUCUUUGGGUGAAACAAUGCAAGAAAAUUCAAGGGAAGCCCAAAUUUAGUAAGGAGGGCCCAUAUCCUACAUUACAUAUUUAAUUGUGGAUAUAUAUCUAAGUAAUGAGCCCCCGGUAGCGCAGCGUGUUAAAGCGCUGAGCUGCUGAACUUGCAGACCGAAAGGUCGCAGGUUCGAAUGUGAGGAGUGGAAUGAGCGCCCGCUGUCAGCCCCAGCUUCUGCCAACUUAACAGUUCAAAUACAUAGGUACCUUUCCAGCAGUAAGGUAACGGCACUCCAUGCAGUCAUAUUGGCCACAUGACCUUAGAGAUGUCUAUUAGGCAUGUCUAAUCGAUGAAAAAAAGUUUCAAUUCUCGUUUCUAAAGUAGGGGCGCUGGCGCUUCGAUAUAGAAAGUAUUUCUGAAUUUUUCACCCAAAAUUUUUGGAUAUUUCCGAAAAUUCAUAAUGAUUCUAAAUGUUUCUAAAAUGGCAGGCGCGCAUGCGCAAUUGCCAAAAAUAGGAACCGGGGGGACUUUUACAGGGCUCUCCCGCCCUCAUUUCUUGAGCUAUCCUCAUCAAAUUUGGUACAGUGAGAGAACACAUUCAUCACUCUUAGCUCAACAAAUUGCAGAACGUUUCCUGUCUCCUAUGAUUUUUGGCAAAUUUUCAUAACUUUUUAUAAUACACUGGACCAGUGACCAUGCCAAGCAAUGCCCUGGCAAGGAGUGCAAAGAUACUUUGAAAACUAUAAAUUCCCUUGCUAUAUUUGUAAGCAAGAACUCUGGAAAUCAAUGGUAUCUCUGGCUAUGUGAUCCCACAAGCCUGAAAGACAAUGCCUUCUUAAUGAAAUAGACUACUGAUUCUGCAAAGGUAUGCUAUGAUCCAGCAAGAACUAUUUUAACGAAAUUGAAAGCUAGAUAAUUUUUUUAAUAAUAUGGAAAACAAUGAACAUUAAGAGACAAUUAGAGAAUGGGCCAACGAUGGUUCAAAUUACAUUGGCGGUUGCACUGUGAGACAACGUCUCGGAAUGCAUCUCAAAAAGCGAGAACAAUCCAAUAUAAAUCCGAUAUAAGAUUCAAAACGAUUUUUUGGACAUACCUAGUGUCUAUGGACAACACUGGCUCUUUGGCUUCGAAAUGGAGAUGAGCACCAUCCCUCAGAAUCGGACUCAACUAGAUGUAAUGUCAAGGGGAAACCUUACCUUUAACAUCUCCUAGCGAUGAAGUUUUUCAGCAUCUACUCACUAGUCAGUGAGGCUGAAACAAGGAAUUGCAAAAAAAGGUUUCUGUUUUGGAUUGCCAUCACCUCACUAGUUGUUGUUAUUGUCGUCGUUAUACAUGUUAAUGUUUUUUUUUGUGACAAAAAUACAAUGGGUAACACGGCAAACUACUGUGCAACUGGUGGCAAACAUCACAGCCAGUAACAACAACUAAUUAAUUGUUAACACUUGGCUAGAAUUAGUUAUUCCCAACUAGAGUGGAGCUAUUCAAUCAAUUGUAGAAUGGUGAGUUUACACCAGGCAUGGUCCGACUUUGGAGGCUGUUAGGAAUUGUGGGAAUUGAAGUCCAAAACACCUGGAGGGCCAAAGUUGGACCAUGUCUGGGCUACACAGAAAUACAACCAAUUGAUUACACCAGUGUGGUCCGGCCCGUGGGCCACAUGUGGCCCACCAAUUCAUUUUUGUUGGCCUUUGCCCUUCUUACUGGAAAAAUAUUUUAAUUUAAUUUAAUCGUUAAUCCUUUCUUUUUAAGAAACGGCCAUAUAAUGGCCAUAUUGAAGCUUCACUCUUGACCAUUACAAUCUGUGGUGUGCCUACUUGGCCCUCGGGUAACUAAAGGUUGGACCACACUGGAUUACACUAUGUUACAAAAUUUGAAAAAAAAUUCUGUUCCUGGCUUGAAAGUGUUAUUUCCUGUUUAAUUGUGUGGUACUUACUUUGAAAGUAGUUAUCCUACUCCAGAAACUAUGUUGAAUUGGUUGAAACUCUAUCAGGUCUUCAUCAAAAAUUAUAGUGCAAUGUGUCGCAGGAGGUCCCACAAAAACAAAAGUUUUACAGUUUAAUAAACGUUUUUGAUGUUAUGAU